AUGGCUCGGCAAGCUACUGCACACCGCCGAGGCGGGACACACAAAGUGCGCGAUGAGGAUAGAACGGAUUCUGUCUACGACACAUACAACUACAAAGAGCUUCUUGAUGCCACCAAGGAACGACGUUUAUAUCGCAAGGACAUGAAAAAGGUGGAGAUGGCAUGGGCACUGAAGCGGAACGACGAGGCAAAGAGGCGCACUGAACGUGAUAAUCUAAAUGCACUUCGCCGCAAGCAAGAAGAGGCGAGGAAAGAAGAGGAACGCAUCGCUGCCGAGAAGCAAGAAUUGAUCAACGCAAGGCAGAGGAAAAAACUGGAGAAGAAGAGAAAGAGAGAGCGAGACGAAAGCGUCAGCGACGACACACUGAGCGAUACUGAAAUCGAGGCUGAGCGUGAAACCAGAGACGAAUACAAGCGCGAAGCCAUAGGACAAGCCCUCAGUGACUCCUCCUGGGACAGCACCUCGACCGAAUCUCUACCAAACUCAAUAGACCAUCUCGCCCCUCUAUGCACACUGCGUCUCUUGGAAUGGCCCUACGAAACAUUACCAUGCACCAUUCCCUCAUCGUCUCCUUUCCACUUUCAACCCAGAACCCUUCCCUACGUCCCACUCAGACUCGUCACCACAUUAACCAAGCAAAAGCUGUUCCUCCCUGGACACAAGUACCCGCCUGCCAUCCCCCCAGAUUAUGUCCCCAUGCUCUCGCAACCCGUCCGCGCCGCAGCCCACAGAGGCCAAUUAUCCGGUCUCCUGCGCAAAGCCACUAUAGAGACAGGCGUGCAGUGGGCUUUGAGAACGCUAAUCCAACCCUCAACGGCUCACAUGUACUUCCUCCCCUGCGCAGCCAAUAGCACAAAGAGUCUUGCAGACGUGUAUCAAAAGUGGGAAGUGGAAAGCAGCAAAGCGAGACGUGUGAGGGGUCGUUCUGAGGCAUGCGCCAAUGACAGGGAUGUCAGAGUUGGGCAGAGAAAGAGGAUCAAGACGGGAUUGGUGGCCGAGGUAUAUGAGGCGUGCAAGUGGAGGCCGGCAGCGGUGGGAUAUGUUCCUGCUUUUCUAGACUUUGGGGCUGUGUGCACCCAGAGGGAAGAGGGACCGAAGACGCUGGACAAUCUGAGAUACGUCAGGUUUCCUGGGUGUGACGUUCCGCAUUAUUAUUUUUGGGUCAGAGAUGCAGAG